AUGUCUUCUCUCGGUGGUGGAGGCGGCACGCUAACCAAACCGGAUGCGAACCCAAACUUACCACUAGCUGGAAUCAAGGUCGUCGAGUUCUCCGGAUUGGCGCCCGGCCCGUUUGUUGGAAUGGUUCUGGCCGACUUUGGAGCCAACGUGAUUCGAAUUGACAAGACAGGAACGGGACUCAACCCAGACAGUCUGUGCCGGGGCAAACGCUCGUUUGCAGUUUCUCCCAAAAGUGCUGAUGGUCAUGCACUCAUCACCCAGCUGAUUCGAUCUGCCGACAUUGUCAUCGAUCCCUUCCGCCCCGGUGUGCUCGAGAGACUGGGUCUGGGACCGCAAGACUUCGACAAGGAAAUCAAGAAGGGCCUCAUCUUUGCACGCCUGACGGGCUUCCAACGCACGGGACCUUACGCCAAUAUGGCGGGACACGACAUCAACUAUAUUGCCCUGAGCGGAGUACUCUCGAUGCUGGGCAACGCGGGAGGAAAGCCGCAACCUCCUUCCAACCUGCUGGGUGAUUUUGCAGGUGGAUCAAUGAUCUGUCUGCUUGGCAUAUUGCUGGCUUUGGUGGAACGCGUUCGUUCGUCACAGGGACAGAUCGUUGAAGCGGAUAUGGUGACGGGUGCGCGAUACGUGUCAUCCUUUGUGUUGCUAUCCAGCUAUCUCUCGCAUCCCAGCUGGGGCGCGAUCCACAGCGAUGGAACCGACCAAACGCGAGGUUGCAACACGCUGGAUGGCGGUGCACCAUGGUAUGGUGUAUACGCAUGCAAGGACGGCGGAUACAUGAGCGUCGGUGCAAUCGAGCCACAAUUCUACAAGGAACUGCUCGACAUCCUUCGCAAGGUGCUUCCGCAAGCGCCCCAAGGCACACAGCAUCCUUCAGCCAGUACCCAGCAUGACAGAGAUACGUGGCCCGAAUUGCAACGCUACUUUAGCGCAUGCUUUGCACAGCUACCUCGAUCCGUAUGGGAGCGACACUUUAUCCGCACGGAUGCCUGUACAGUCCCCGUGCUUACUCGAGACGAAGCUGCCCUCUCUGGAGUGUUGCCAGCAGCUUCCGCAGAGAAUGUGUCGGAUGGCAACCCUGUGAUCCCAUCUCCUGCGCCGAGAUUGACGCGCACACCAGCCAAACCUCCAUCAGGAAGUGCAGGUGGAGAGUGGGAAAGCGAAGGCGCCGAAAUGCUGCUGACACCGGGCGAACAUACCGACGACAUCCUUCUCGAGUUGGGCAUUAGCGAUGCUAACAAGCGCAUCGAGCUGUAUCGAACCGAUGCGAUUGAUGGUCCUGAUCGUCCAGAAGGGCUCACCAAGUCCAAACUGUAG